AGAGUGAGAGAGAGAGAGAGAGAGAGAGAGAGAGAGAGACAUUUCGAUCCAAUAACUUGAACCAGACUCUUCAAACCGACUUGAGAUCGAUGAAAUUAUGACCGACUUUCGACUCCCCAUUCAUCAGGCCCCGCCUCGUCGCCCUGUUGCCUCCCACCACCCCUUCUCCUCCUACCAGGGCUACGACGGCUACCAAGGCCAGCAGCAGCAGCAGCAGCAGCAGCAGCAACAGCAACAGCAACAGCAGCAACAGCGGCAGGCGUCUCACCACUCCAUUUCUCAGUCCUCCACCCACAGCCGCACUCGCACCUCAUCCUCUCACACAUUACCCUAUGGCAAUCGCUCGCAGUAUCCCCCCGGGGCGGCCUCCUCGCAACCAAACCACCACCAGAACUUUCACCAGCAUCACCCUCAGUACCCGCCACCGCCGGUGCCGCCGAUGCAUCCGAUGAACCCACCCCCCGCCCGCCGCUUGUCGAAUGCCACCACCUCGACCAGCUCGACCGGCCACCGGGCCUCGCAGACCAUCUCCAGCGCAAACUCGGAUAUCCGCCGUAGCUCGUCCUCUCGUUCCGGCGGCGGCGGCGGCCAGCUGAGCUACGUCGCCCUCAUGCGCCGCCAGAAGGCCACUGUCUGGUGUGACCGCGCGCAGCCCGAGGAUGCCCGUCUGCGCGCCCAGAAACUCGCCGACAAGAAGCGUGCCCACCUCGAGGUCCACGGUGCCGCCGCCGCCGGCCGCACGGGCACGCUAGCCAGCAGCAAGCUCAAGCACGGCGGCAAGGGGGCCACCGACUUCUCGCCCGCCACGCUCGUCGGAGCCGCCGCCGUCCCCGUCCGUCUUAGCGCCAACGAGAUCGGCGAUGCCGAUGACGAUACCACCAGCGACUCUGGCGCCCUCUACCACCGCCGCACGGGCAGCAGCCGCAGUUCGCUCGGCAGCAAUCAUCGCUACCCGAGCGGCUACCAGCGCAGCAUCAACACUCCUCCAAGCGAAAAGACAGACUUGCCGGGCGUUUCCGAGCAUCCGCCGGCAGAGGAUGAUCAUGAUGAUGAUGGUGACCACCACCCAUCAUAUCAUGAUUCGGAAAGCCACCCAGACGAGGAUCAUCACGACGACACAGGCAGCCAUCACCGUGAGGACAGUUUCGGCAGUUUGGGCGAGUUGGCCGCACCCGUUUCCGUCAACAUCACCGCCCAGAAGAUUAAAAAGGCCGACGAGCUGCGCCGCCGUGGCAGCGUCGACGACCGGUCCAUGUCUAUGAGCGGGGUGCGGUUGUUCGUUGCCAACCCAGAUCUAAGCGAUUGAAUGGUUUAGAACAGUCUUGUUGUUAUCGAUUUUGAGUUUGUGUUUUGAAUGUGUUCAAUAUCCAGUUAUACUUGCCGAUUCUUCUUCUUCUUCUUCUUCUUCUUCUUCUUCUCCUACUUCCCUUUUUCGAGUCCCUGG